UCUGAUCCAUCAUGGCAGCCGUUGGUAAUCGAGAAGUGCUAGCUAUAACAGGGGUAUCCACAGGCUUAGGCCUUGCCAUGGUGAAAUGGUACAUAUCCAAAGGCCAUUUGGUGUUAGGGUGUGCACGGUCAGCUCAAAAGAUUAAUCAGCUGAACGAAGAGUUUUGUAAAGGAGGCAAACCAAAACAGUUCUCUGUUGUUGACAUUCUCAACGAGGCAGACGUGAAACGUUGGUCACAAGAUGUUAUUUCUAGCUUUGGAGCGCCGACUUUCCUCCUUAAUAAUGCAUCUAUAAUCAACAGUAAUGCGUGUUUGUGGCAGAUUUCUGGAGAAGAGUUCAACAGUGUCAUCGAUGUCAACAUUAAGGGCACCACGAAUGUCAUUCGCCAUUUUGUGCCCGAAAUGAUAAAAGCGGGAAAGGGUGUGGUCGUUAAUUUUAGUUCUGGCUGGGGUAGAAGUGUGGCGGCGCAUAAAGCUCCAUAUUGUGCUUCCAAGUGGGCCAUUGAGGGGCUUUCUAAAGCAAUGGCGCUUGAGUUACCUAUACCGCUGACAUGUGUUCCGUUGAACCCAGGAGUCAUCAACACACCUAUGUUGGAGACAACCUUUGGAAAACAAGGUGCAGCAAUGUAUAGGAGUCCUGAAGAAUGGGCCCGAGAUGCCUGUCCAUUCAUUCUAUCCAUUGACCACUCUCAGAAUGGAAUGAGUCUUACAGCUCCAUAGUAUUUAGACAGAGAUGAACAAGUUAGUCGAUCAGCAAUUCAUUUGGUUCUUAGAUUGGAUUGACAGAUUUGAACACAGAAUGGACUUAGAUUGCGAAUGAGGUGUAAAAAAUUUGUGGUUUUAAGAAAUUAAGUGUAACGCGUAUUAGUUUCUAACUUUAGCUUGGAUCACGAACUCUUCAUUCUAAAUGUUCAGAUUAUAGCUUGUAAACAAAGUCUGGAUCACUGUUUUUUUUUAAAUUCUCUGCCUGUUUCUUCACAAUUUAGCAUUUACUGUUUAAUUCUUUUGAAUACUUGAAAACAAAAGCCUUUGAGUUGGUUGUUGAAAUUAUUAAAAAUGUCUGAUUAGAUGAGUAGCACAAUCACCAUGCCCAUAGGGGGUUGACUGCAAACUUUCAAUGAUUUCUUCUGUUUUACAUUUUCAUUGAAGCCAAAUCUUUGUUUACAGGUAAAGUUGUUCUUAUUGAUUAUAGUAAAAGCAAAAAAUCAGAAAACCACAUUACUGUCUUUGAGAAAAUACCUGUGAAAGAUGAAAAAUCGAGCCAAUUUUGGUUGUAACGCGUAACACAAUCUCAGUGGUAAAAUUUUUUAAAUACAUUUUUCACUGAAAAGAAAGUUCGUUUGAGCAAACAAAUUACACCUAAUGAUAACACACAAUAAACACUACAUUUGAGCAAAACUUUGACAUUUCAAGUUUAUUAAAACGCAUAGAAAAGAUUCAUCAUUCUUAAGUAUCCUUUGUGUAACGCUGGGUUUCAGAAUUUGGAAGUAUACCAAGUUGUUGUCCGCAGAAUGACUGAACUGGAAUCCUGUGGGAACAAAAACACAUUAACCAAAUGCUCAUACUUGGUGUUCUAAAAUAGCGAAAAAUCAGUCUAAAGGAUUGACUAUAAACGGAGAAAUAUCAGUGUAAAACAGUCGCUACGGUUUUGAAAAACCUGACUACGCAAUAAUAUUUUUCAUCAACUUACCUGCUCCUUCGCUACUAUACUUCAAACACGGCAAAGUCGGGUUUCGAAAUCGAUUACACUUCAAUGCUCAUAAGUUUCUCUUGUCAUUUCCAAGUUUUCGGGUCCAUAUCUUUAGAAACGGCCAAAAUAUUCACUUUUGACCAAGUCGCUACGCUUUUUACCAUGUUGACGCCAUAUUGAGAACGGAGUCUCGCCACAAAUGCCACCAAAAGCGCUAUGAAAUCUGCUGUUUGCUCCGCCAUUUUCGCCAUUUUCAUCUCCGUG